AUGGAAGCUCUCUCCAACAAUGGCGACAACAAAUUCAUCGGGAAACUCCUCAACACCGCCAUGAAACCCCAAGUCGACAAGUACGCCGCCGACGCUUCCUUGCCACUCUCGGCUCUCUCAACGGAUCAAUGGAUCCAUCCAGGCUACGAAGACCGUCAAUCGAUCCAGACUCAACUCGCCUUGGCAUCCUCCAAGCUCUACAACGGGACCGAAUCCGAGGCUCAACCCAACCGCAACCUCUACCUCUUCCAAAAACUUCACCCCAACCAACAAUACAACAGCAGCGACAAAAAGGCCUUGGCAAUCUCCUAUGUCAACCGAUGCAUCGAGAUCAUCAUGUUCUGGGACAAAGACCUCACUCAGACCCCCAACUCUACCCACGUCCCAACAAGGGAUUACAUCAACAACAUGGUCGAUACAUUGUCAACCAACAACGAUAUCUUCAUCUCAGUUCACUGCGCCAUAGACCAACCUCUCAGAUCCGUCUUCAACUACACCAUCGCAACUCAGAAGCAUACCAAGCUCUACACCAUCAUCGCUUUGACUCUGACCGCAGUGCGUCGCGCUGAGCAACAACCCGAUACUAUCCUCAGUCUCUAUAAGUUCCUCUUCUUGCUGAUCAACGAACAUAUCGUUCGUCCGCAUAUGUCAGGCCUUAACUUUAACUUUAAAAAUCUCUUUGAUCUUCAAUAA